GCAAAACCCUUUCACGGUACACUUUUUCCAGCUUAGACGAUAAAGAGUCUUUUCUCUCUCUCUCUUUUACUUCUUUUUUUAAAAAAGGGGGGGGCGCGGUGUAUCGAAAAAGAAGAUAGACGAAGACGAGUAAAGUGGUGUCUGAGAUUUUGCUGUGUGGAAGUCGCUGGAAGUGGAAAGGCUGUCUGUCUACUCGUAACGGUGGUCUGGUCUCGUUCUAGUUUCUUGAGGCGUGGUGGGUGGUGUGUGCGUGCUCCUGAUUGCCCUGCUGGACCUCUCUACCCAACUCCUCCUCUCGAACGAAUACUCCGAUCCUCCUCUCUCGGCCUCUUUAAUUUCUGCCAUAACUCUGCCUCCCUCUUCUGGUUUACCUCUUCCUACGCUUUUUCGCAUUUUCUUUCCACUCCAGCCCCCCCCCUUCCCCUUCCUCCUCCUCCUUCCCCCUCCCUUGCCGAACUCCCUUCCCCCUCCCCUUUGCACAAACCCGACAUGCUGAACUCAUCCAAGACAUGUAACAAUGACAUGCUGUUUACGCCGUGGCCGUUCGACCCGCACUCAGGGCCCGCCCCGCACGAUCUCCCCGGUGACGACAACCAAGGGCUUGGGGACCUGCUGAGCGCGAGCGGAGUUCCUAACCUUAAGUCGGAACAAUAUCCUGCCUUCAUGAACAGCAUCUUCGCACCAGAUCUAUACUUCUCUUCCAUCGACUUUGCCUUCCCGGGUGAUUUGACCGCAGGACAAGCGAACUAUAUAGAUGAGCGACAUUUCCCUUGCGAAUACGACGGUUUCGCCAACAUGGACCCAUCAAAUCUUGCCAGGCUCGAAGAUUGUAUCACGAAUGUCGAGAACAACAUUGAUAUUUACCAGGAGUUGUUACGGUUGGAUACUACCCUUCCUAUCUUCGAUCAAUCUGCUCCUUGGGACCAACCGGGAGCGUGGCAGCCUACUUCCGCCACUUCCUCUUGCUCCUCAUCCAGUACCUUAGAUGCCUCGGCUGGAUUUCACACUCCAAGCUCAUCCCCUGCUGGUGACCAUGAGGAAUCACCCGAUUAUCAACAGAACCAGAGGAAAAAUAGCUCCUCAGAGAGUAGUGAUGGUGAACCUCGAAACAACAACUCCUGCAAGAAGAAGAGGCAACGAAAGCGAUUCACUCCGGAGCGGAAGAAGGAGACGCACAUGACUAGAAUAACGGGUGCUUGCUUACCGUGUUGGAAAAACAAAAAAAGGUGCAUAAGAGUGUCAGAAGCUUGCUGCAAGUACUGUGAAUCAAUCUUCUCCAAGAUACCCAACAUCCCAUGCUUCCGUGCCCGUAUGACAGAAUCCGAAUUAUUCCGGCGAGGUCCGACCGAAGAGUUUCUAUGGACUCGUCGACGAUGGUUGAAGGCCUCACCGAAUGAUAGGACUGUAUGGGCUUCGCCGGCGAAGGGAUUUACGGUUACUCAAGGGAUGGGACUCACGUUGAAUCUUAUGGCGAAACAGUAUAAGCCCCUGCCUGAUGAUAGAGACAAUUAUACAUGGAUCGGUCAGAACGGUGAGAUGGCAGCAUUGGCUUGUCCGCCCUAUGCGAUAUCCGAUAUCGACGAUGCUCAGAGGACUAUCAAUCGAUAUGUGGAUGAUAAUACUGUCAGGUACAUUCAGGAACAUGUUAGUUCGAACGUGAUACUGUGGGAGUCUUUCUCCAUGGCAUUACGAAUGAGUAAUGCUAAGGGUUCAUCACUGCUUCGCAAUGCCCUGAAGUUGUGGGUUGGCAGUCGUAUCAUCGAAACGCCGUGGUCGAUAACUGGAAAUGAAACUUUUGGUAUGACAACUAAUAUGGAGGAGGGAAGUCCUUAUUAUGGCAAGAUCCCGGUGACUCCGAUAAUGGACUUCCAGAUCGAUAAUAUUACCAUCCAUCAACUGCUCAUCCCGCUGCGCAAGAAGCUAUUGCAGGAAUUGCAGCGAAAGGUGCUUAAUAACAAGCCGGAGGAUUUCUUGGAGAUUUACUUGACGAUAUUCAUACUCCUGCACAACAUGGAGUUGACAAUCGCGCAUGAUAGGUGGUUCGCCAUGCGGUACAGUCUUCAGAAUCGUUUCUCAAAUUAUCACCUAAUCGACGCCGUUUUCCAAGGAGCAAACAUCCUCUUGGCACAUUUCCACCACGUGAGCAAGGGCUACGCACCGUUCUCGAUUGACUGGGAAUCAGGAGAAACAAUUGUCCUAGCUAAGUCCAACGAGGAAGAGAUCCGCUACAUGAAGGAUGUUAUCCAAGCGACCAAGCAUCAAGAAAGUGGAUUGAAAAUGCUACGCGAAAAAGAAAUAUACGAGGACAGCAUGUAUUGGUGUUCCCAACUAUUUUUUCCUGGUUGGAAGCCGGUUAAUGCGCCGACACCCUAACCGCCGCUCGUUCUUCAUGUUGCAAGGAACGACGUGAAUGUGCGCCAGAGGCACGGAUUUCGGGGCAUCGCUACUCGUAGCUCUGUCUGGGGGUGGUCGUGGCGGUUUAUGAUGUGGUCGUUGUGGAUGUGGUGGUGGUGGACUUGAUUGAUUUCGAUUGGGUGCUUAUUAUGGAGUGGUGUAUGGGUGUGUGGGGUGGGUGCGGCUGUGACCAAAGGUGGGAGGGGCUGGAUGGAUGGAUGAUGGGCUGGUGCGAUUGUGGUUAUCAGCGAGGGGUGCUUCUACCUGCAUUUUGGUAUGGGUGGUUUCGGUACUUGUUAGAAAACGGGUAGAUGGAGUUGGUGUAUUUUAUAUUUUCUGGAGCAGCGGGCGGUGCUUUUCUUUUCUUUUCUUCUUUUCUUUUCCGUCUUACUGCUUCUUUUGGUUACUAUUCUUAUGUCUAUUUUUUUCCCUCUUAUUCCUGUUUCUCAUGCUUGCAUUUGUUCGAAACCCUUUCUUUAUUAUCUUUAUUUUUUAUUAUUGUCUCCCUUCCGUUUUUUCUUCUUUGAAUUGGGAUUGAUUUUGGGGCCGAAUGGGGCUUAUUCCUUCUGUCGUUUUCCUAUUUCGUGCUUACUUUUUCCUCGUUUUCGCUUCUAUUUUCCAUCUUUAUUCGUGCAGCCUUUAUUUCGAUCACUGCUGGCAUGCGUGAAACGGAAGUAUUUGGUUUUUACUUGUUUUGAUUCUAUUUUUUCCCCCUUCCUUUUACUUUCUGAUAUUCUUUUCUUUUCUUUCUGUUAACUGGAGCGAGGGCGUUCUUUCAUCCCCGUUUUCUUUUUUUAUCAUUAUCAUCAUUAUCAUCCUCUUUAGUCGCGGAGCAGACGGAUUGGCAGAAGGACGGAAGGGCAAAAAGGAAACAAGCAAAUUUAAAAUUUACUACUUAUUUAUUCGUCAUGGUUAA